CAUUCACAAACCCUAGAAUAGAGAAACUCAAAGGCACCGAACCGGACUUUUACUGGAGGGAAAGGCGCGCGCUGAGCGGGGCUUCGAAUGACACGAGGCAGUCACCUUGCGGUCUGAAAGCGGCAGGCGCAGCAGGAAAUAACCCAAACAAAAAACACAAGCUCACCAACCGCAGGUCUCCCUGAGUGGAGUUGUGUCAGACAAACACAUAUGACAGUCACUCCUCAGCACAGUGUGAGGAUAUAGAGAGCGGUCAGAUAACGCUGCCCCGUCGCGAGACAGACUGGCUGAGAGGAGAUAGAGAGAGGGGGAUUGAGAGACCAGCGCAGAGAACAGAAGAGGGGGUUUGGCGCGCGAUGCGUGAGCAGACAUAGCACCGGCAGAGUUUGUGCGUGACAUGAAGACGAGAUGAGCUCGAGCUGUGGCCUUGGUCGCGAGCAGCCGGUGCUGGUUCUGCCGUUAUCCCGUCGAAAUUAACGAGGUCGUAGGCUACACGUGAUGACACGAGCCCCCCGACUGUGGCAGGGUCAGAUUGACACGGUAAUGACCCGCCCCUUUACCUGUCUGUUACCUGUUACCAUGGAGACCACUGCUUCACCAUAGAGGAGGAUAUUCCUCAACCAACCAGAGUGGAGUUCAGUUUCGACCAGAAGGAUUCAAAAGUAUUUCCCAGGAUACACUGCUUCACACUGGCACUCGUUAUUGUUUACGUGGCAAUGGCCUUUCCUUGACCUCUGCAGCAGGAGGAGGAAGAGGAAGUCUCCAUUUUUUUGUUAUUUUUUUUUGGCUUGCCACCACUCCCCAAUAUGGAGAGGAACUUUAGUCUUAUGAAACAUAAUAGUUCUUGAUCAACCUGGACAUCAUCAAGACACGUCAUCAAGACACGUCAUCAAGACACGUCAUCAAGACACGUCAUCAAGACAUAUUCUUAGUUAACAAACUGACCGAUGAGAUGAUCUGGGUCAUCCUGGCCCUGCCCAUGUGGGCGUGGCAUGGGACUGUUGGCGAUUCCCAGUCUAACGAGCGGCGAGUCGUGGCACACAUCUCUGGUGACAUCAUCAUAGGAGCCCUGUUCUCUGUCCAUCACCAGCCGACAGCGGACAAGGUACACGAACGUAAAUGCGGCUCGGUGCGCGAGCAGUACGGUAUCCAGCGUGUUGAGGCCAUGCUGCACACUUUAGACCGUAUUAACGCUGACCCCCGUAUCCUCCCCAACAUCAGCCUGGGCUGUGAGAUAAGAGACUCCUGCUGGCACUCUGCUGUGGCCCUGGAGCAGAGCAUUGAGUUCAUACGAGACUCCCUGGUGUCCUCCGACGAGGCCGAGGUGGGGGGAGGCAGUGUGUGGGGGGGAGGCGGGGGAGGAGCCGAUGGGAGAGGAGGGCCAAGGUGUGCGGACCCUGCUGCAACCCCCAUGCGGGGGAAGAAGCCCAUCGUCGGGCUGAUAGGACCAGGUUCCAGCUCUGUGGCCAUUCAGGUCCAGAACCUCCUACAGCUCUUCAACAUACCCCAGAUCGCCUACUCUGCUACCAGCAUGGACCUCAGUGACAAGAGUUUGUAUAAGUACUUUAUGAGGGUGGUGCCAUCGGAUGCUCAGCAGGCCAGAGCCAUGGUGGACAUUGUCAAGAGAUACAACUGGAGCUACGUCUCUGCCAUACACACAGAGGGUAACUACGGGGAGAGUGGGAUGGAGGCCUUCAAGGAUAUGGCUGCCAAGGAGGGCAUCUGCAUCGCCCACUCUGGUAAGAUAUGGAGCAACGCGGGGGAGAAGAGUUUUGACAGGCUGCUGGAGCGUCUCAGAGCACACCUGCCCAAGGCCAGGGUGGUAGCCUGCUUCUGUGAGGGCAUGACGGUCAGGAACAUCCUCAUGGCCAUGAGACGACAGGGACUGGUGGGGGAGUUUCUAUUGGUCGGCAGUGAUGGCUGGGCGGACCGGUACGAUGUGACAGAUGGGUACGUGCGCGAGGCGGCGGGGGGAAUCACCAUCAAGCUGCAGUCAGCUGAUGUGAAGUGGUUUGAUGAGUACUACCUGAAGCUGCGGCCGGACAACAACCUGAGAAACCCCUGGUUCCCUGAGUUCUGGCAACACCGCUUCCACUGUAGGCUGAAGGGACACCCACAGGAGAGCCUCAAGUACAACCGCACCUGCAGCAAGCGGGAGUCAUUGCGACAGCAGUAUGCCCAGGACACUAAGAUGGGCUUUGUGAUCAAUGCCAUCUACUCCAUGGCCUAUGGGCUCCAUAACAUGCAGCGCUCACUCUGCCCAGGCUACCAGGGGCUGUGUGAUGCCAUGCGACCUAUAGAUGGUGCCACACUGCUGGACUUCCUGAUGAAGACCAACUUCACAGGCGUGUCUGGAGAGGGCAUCCUGUUUGACGAGAACGGAGACUCACCUGGCCGAUAUGAGAUCAUGAACUUUAAGAAGAUGGGGAAGGACUACUAUGACUAUAUUAACGUAGGGAGCUGGGACAACAGUGGGCUGAAGAUCGACGAUGAUGAAAUCUGGGCCAGCAAGGACACCAUCAUCAAAUCAGUCUGCAGCGAACCCUGUGACAAGGGACAGAUAAAGGUGAUCCGUAAAGGAGAGGUGAGCUGCUGCUGGACCUGCACUCCCUGUAAGGAGAAUGAGUUUGUGUUUGAUGAGUACACCUGCCGAGCCUGUGAUCUGGGCUCCUGGCCCACCUUCCACCUCACAGGCUGUGACCCUAUCCCAGUGGAGUACCUGCGUUGGGGGGACCCAGAGCCCAUUGCUGCUGUGGCAUUUGCUUGUUUGGGACUCUGUGCCACAUUCUUUGUCACCUCCGUCUUCAUCAGGUUCCGGGACACUCCGGUGGUGAAGUCGUCUAGCAGAGAGCUGUGUUACAUCAUCCUGGCUGGGAUCUGUCUGGGCUAUCUCUGUACCUUCAGUCUCAUCGCCAAGCCCCAUGCUGCACACUGCUACCUACAGAGACUGGGCAUAGGCCUGUCCCCUGCCAUGAGCUACUCUGCCCUGGUCACCAAGACUAACCGUAUAGCCCGUAUCCUGGCUGGCAGUAAGAAGAAGAUCUGUACAAAGAAGCCCAGGUUCAUGUCUGCCUGCGCCCAGCUCAUCAUCGCCUCUCUACUCAUCCUGCUGCAGCUGGGAAUCAUAGUGGCUCUCUUCCUCAUGGAACCCCCACAGGUGAUCCACGACUACCCCAGCAUCCGGCAGGUCAACCGCAUCUGUUACACCACCAACCUGGGCGUGGUGGCGCCGCUGGGCUACAACGGCCUGCUGAUCCUGAGCUGCACCUUCUACGCCUUCAAGACGCGCAACGUCCCGGCCAACUUCAACGAGGCCAAGUACAUCGCCUUCACCAUGUACACCACCUGUAUCAUCUGGCUGGCCUUCGUGCCCAUCUACUUCGGUUCCAACUACAAGAUCAUCACCAUGUGCUUCAGCGUCAGCCUCAGUGCCACUGUGGCGCUCUGCUGCCUGUUCGUUCCCAAGGUGUAUAUCAUCCUGGCCAAGCCGGAGCGUAACGUGCGCAGUGCCUUCACUACGAGCACGGUGGUACGCAUGCACGUGGGUGAUGGGAAGUCCUCCUCAGCCGCCAGCCGCUCCUCCAGCCUGGCCAACCUCUGGAGGCGGCGCUGCUCCGCUGGAGAGACACUCAGUUCCAAUGGGAAGUCAGUAUCCUGGGCCCAGACGGAGCGGGGUUCCCGUGGAAACCACCUGUGGCAGCGCCUGUCAUUCCACAUCAAGAGGAAGGAGAACAACCAGACAGCUGUCAUCAAGCCCUUCUCCAAGACCCCCGAGGGGCGCUACUGUGGGGGUACUGACCUUCACCCCCGCAUGCCGUCCUUCCCCCACUCCCACUCCCACCCUGAUGCAGACAAGACCCUGUACGAGCUCACAGAGGCAGAGGAGAGAUACGCCGAGGAGAGAUACCCAAUUACCUACCGGCCUCAGACCCCUUCACCAAUCAGUACUGUCAGCCAGCACCUGCAUGGGGCGGAACUAAGGGAGGAGCCGCUUGGGAUGGGUGUACCGACCUCCCUGACCAGGGGUUCUGUCGGCGGGGGCGAUGUGUUUGACAGUUCUCUGAUGGAUCAGAUCAGCUGCGUGGUUAACCGUUUCACUGCCAACAUCAGCGAGCUCAACAGCAUGAUGCUCUCCCCGUCUCCCACACACUCACACACAUACUCUCACACACACGCCCUGACACCCUCCCACCCUGCAGACCCCUUCCUCCUCCCCCGGGAGAUCCCCCUCCCCCUCACCAUGACCACAUACGCUGACGUCCAGCCCCUGCCCCCUGUAGAGUCCUACGUAGGGGGACACGCCGGCCUAACUCACCCCCUGCCUCACCCUCGCCUCCUAACUCACCCUCAGUCCUCCCACUCUCCGGUGCGACACCUCACUGUGGGAGUGGAGUCCCCUCUAAGGAGGGCAGAGCUGGAGGAGGAGCUAAUGAAUUUGACCCCGCCCUCGCCCUUCCGUGAUUCGCUGGGGUCAGGAAGUGGCUCCCCGGUCUCAGAGUCCACCCUGUGUCUGCCCCCGCCCUCGUCCCCUCCGCCCAAAUACGAAAUGCUGACCCUGAGAAACUACAGCCAGAGCUCCUCCUCACUGUGAGAGAAGGAUGAGAGGAGAUGAGGAGAAGAGGAGGAGAGUGGAAGGACAGAGAAGAAGAGGGACCCGGGAAAAAAACUGUCUCUUGGGGAGAUAAUGGUGAUGGCUACCUUGUGAUAGUGGGAGGAGAGGAGGAGAGGAAGAGAGGAGGAGAGGAGGAGAGGAAGAGAGGACUAGAGGAUGAGAUGAAGAGAGGACGAGAGGAAGAGAGGACGAGAGGACGAGAGAAUGAGAGGAAGAGAAGAUGAGAGGAGGAGAGGAAGAGAGGAGGAGAGAAGGAGAGUAGGAGAGGACGAGAGGAGGAGAGGAAGAGAGGACGAGAGGACGAGAGGAGGAGAGGAGGAGAGGACGAGAGGACGAGAGGAGGAGAGGACGAGAGGACGAGAGGACGAGAGGAGAUUGACCAGUCCCUCAUAGAGAUGAAAGCCCUGUACUGGCUAGGAGGGACAGGAACAGGACACAUCAUCGUGUGAUGUCAUUGAACGGUGACCUGCAGUGUUUGUGUUUACAUGUGUUCAGUGAGCAGCGAGGUAUAACGUGGUGAUUGUAGUUUUUUGGGGGGCAUCCAGAGUGAGAACAAGGACUACAAAAAUACUUCUAGCAUUCUGGUGUUCAAACGUAUGGCCAGAAGUCUCUCCAUAGACGUGUGUUUGGUCAUUGUUUUGGUAGUGGCCUUAACUAAAAUGGCUGUCAACUAAUUAGAGAUGUUUAUUGUGGGCAGCAUGGAGGAAGGGACACAUGUGGACCUACUGAGUGUUUAAGACACUCUAACCUCACAGGACUAACCAGCUGCUGCCAUGGACACACAUGGAGUAACCAUAAGGGCUGGGCAGAGCAGCUAUGGCCACUGGCACACCAACACACACACGCACGCACGACUGCACACCCCCACACACACACACACACACAUAAACACACCCACACGCAUAAACACACACACACACACACACACACACACACACACACACACACACACACACACACACACACACACACACACACACACCACACACACACACACACACACACAUGCAUACACACAUAAACACUUGCAUAUCGGCUGUUGUAGGGGAAAGUGUAAAUACAAAAAGAUCUUGGAUGGUAUCUUCAUAGCAGAUGAUUCUGUUUAUACAUACUAUGUAUAGUAUGAAAACCUCCAGUGGGGUUCGGACUUCUCUCUCGCUGUAUGAUCUGAUCUGAGUGCAGUCGGUGUUUAAUCUUUCUAUUGAUUUAACAGAGACCUUGCUGUUCACAUUCACACAGACUAACUAUCGCCUCAGGGUCUGGAGCAGUAUUCUAUCUCUCUAUUUAUCUAUCUCUCUCUCUCUCUGUCUCCCACUCUCUCUCUCUCUAGCUCUCUGUCUCUCUCUGUCUCCCUGUCUCUCUCUCUUUCUCUCUCUUUCUCUCUCUUUCUCUCUCUCUUUCUCUCUCUGUCUCUCUCGCUCUCUCUGUCUCUCUCUCUCUCUGUGUCCAUGUCUCUCUCUAUCGCUCCCUGUCUCUCUCUCUCUCCCUGUCUGUCUGUCUCUAUCUCUCUCCCUGUCUCUCUCUCUCUUUCUCUCUCUCUGUCUCUCUGUCUCUCUCUGUAUCUCUCUCUCCCUGUCUCUCUCUCUCUUUCUUUCUCUCUGUCUCUCUCUGUCUCUGUAUCUCCCUCUCUCUCUUUCUCUCUCUGUCGCUCUGUCUCUCUCUCUCUCUCUGUCUCCCUGUCUCUCUCUCUCCCUGUCUGUCUCUCUCUCUCUCUCUCUCCCUGUCUCUCUCUCUCCCUGUCUGUCUCUCUCUCUCUCUCCCUCUCUCUCUCUCUCGCUCUCUCUCUCUCUCUCUCUCUCUCUCUCUAUCUCUCUCUCUCUCUCUCUUUCUCUCUCUUUAUCUCUCUCUCUGUCUCCCUGUCUCUCACUCUGUCCCCCUGUCUCUCUCCCUCCCUCUCUUUCUCUCUCUCUCUUUCUCUCUCUCUGUCUCUCUGUCUUUCUCUCUCUCAUUCUCCCUCUCUCUUUCUCUCUCUCUCUGUCUCUGUCUCUCUGUCUUUCUCUCUCUGUCUCUCUGUCUCCCUCUCUGUCUCCCUGUCGCUCUCUCUGUCUCUCUGUCUCUCUCUCUCUCUCCCUGUCUCCCUGUCUCUCUCGCUCUCUCUCUCCCUGUCUAUCUCUCUCCCUGUCUCUCUCCCUCCCUGUCUCUCUCUCUCCCUGUCUCUCGUCCUAUCUGUCUUAUUUUCUGCUUUUUGAGAUCUUUUGGACUAUUGUUUACUUCAGAAGAUUGAAUGUAAAAUAUUUUCUAAAUGAUUACUGAAGCGUUGGGACCAAACUUUACACACCUCUGUGUCUGUGAUUCUGAGGAGGCAUUCUACUAAACUAACCAGUAUUGAACAGUUAUACAGUAGUCAGUAAUGUGCUAGAAAACUUUCCUGAUUCAAGUAGUAAAAUCAACCAAUCUAACUAAAGUGAACUGGACACCCAGCCCCCUGUCUGAGACUGAUGUCAGUCUUAGACAGGGGGUCAAAGUCAUGUUUUCUUCCCGGGGUCAGACGGCUUGUAGAUGUUUUAGCACACUGAUUUAGCCCUGAUUUAGAAUAUUUACCAGAUCCCCAGGAAUUUAACAGAAACGGAUCCACUGCUGGCAUAAGAAUGUGUGUGACUUUGUAGCAGGUUGGUAUUUAUUGUCAUUAGUCUUGUUCUGGAGGCAGCACUGCAGAGUGGUCACUAGCUGGCACAGCCACAAGCAGGUUGGUAUUUAUUGUCAUUAGUCUUGUUCUGGAGGCAGCUCUGCAGUGUGGUCACUAGCUGGCACAGCCACAAGCAGGUUGGUAUUUAUUGUCAUGUGUCUUGUUCCGGAGGCAGAACUGAGGGCUUUUCCCUUAGGUAUGCCAGCUGCAAAGUCAGGUUUCAAAUCCAGAACAAGAUUCUCAUGACGAAAAACACUAACCUGCCAGCCACAAAGUCAUGAAACCUGAUUUCAAACCUAACCAUAACCUUAACCCUAACCUUUACCACACUGCUAACCCUAAUGUAGAACCCUAACAUUAAAUUAUGACCAAAACGUUUUUAAAAAAUUAUUAAUUUGUACAAUAUUGCCAAUUUUGACGGGGCCUUCUUGCAGAAAUUGCUCAGUUCUGUCUCCAAGGCAAGAUACAUGACAAUAAAUGUCAGUCUGUGACUUACCCAGGGGCCAGUAGAGAGAACAGCUUCUCUCAGACAUAGUGGCCCUGUACAUAACAAGGGCAUGCAAUGACAGAUCCUAAAUUAUCCAUUUACAUAUCAAAAAGGUAGAAAAGGAAAACACUGAUUUACAAAAGGAAAUGUUUUUUAAAUUAUGAUUAUGUUAUAACAUAUACAGAACCAAUAUGAGAAAAAAAGUGUUCCAUUAAAUGUGAGAGCGUAUGUUACUAUUCAAAUGUCUAGUAAUUAUAUUACCCCAAAAAUAAUUAUACGUUAUAAAUACAAAAAUACAUCAAAAAUAUGAUUGUGCCAAAGGGUGAGGGCUUGGGAUAGAGGGUAGCUUGUUGGGAAAUAAGUGGUUUCGUAAAAGUAAACUGUUUUUAUUGUUAUGGAUAUUUUCUAUAUAAAUAUAUUCCAGAUUUUCAAAUGUAAAGCAAUACUACCCAUACACAUACAUGACGCACAUCUGUACUGGGUGCAAGUCACGCUGUAGUCCGCAGUACCUCAGUCUGUAUCACAGCUGUACACACCCCUCUCCCUUCUAAAUACAACUCUAAGAAACCAUUCAUCCCAGAACUGUGCCAUUGACCAAGGACCUUUAAACAAUGUUGAGAUAGAGAUAGCUUUGCUGUGGCUAUGGAGGGUAAUUUAUCUGUGUUUAUGAGAUAGCACAGUAGUGUGAAGCAUCUUGUUCUCUCUGUGUGUGUGUGUGUGUGUGUGUGUGUGUGUGUGUGUGUGUGUGUGUGUGUGUGUGUGUGUGUGUGUGUGUGUGUGUGUGUGUGUGUGUGUGUGUGUGUAUGUGUGUGUGUGUGUGUGUGUGUGUGUGUGUGUGUGUGUGUGUGUGUGUGUGUGUGUGUGUGUGUGUGUGUGUGUGUGUGGACACAGCACUUUAAAUCCACGUUGCCACCCUGGGCUGCUCUGAGGUACUCUACCCUGCUGCCUUGGCAGAAACACAGGAAACUCCUCAUAUUCCAUUCUAUUGUUUAUGAGGCUGAUUCCUCUAAACAACACUACGAUCAAUCCUAGAAAUUAUAAACUGAUCUGAGGAAAACUGAUCUGAGCUCGUAUUUGUGAAAGUAAAAAGGCACACACAUCAUCUAGGGCUGAAGGUUUCAGAACACAGCUCUUCCUACAGAGCUGGAUGUUUCCAUAGUGACUGUAACGGUCGUCCUAUGAAGGAGGUGUGGACCAAAGCGCAGCGUGGGAAGUGUUCAUGAUUAUUUAUAAAAAAACUGAACACUGAGUCAAAAUAACAAAAUGUAACAUGAAACAGUUCUGUCUGGUGAAGACACAAAAACAGAAAACAACUACCCACAAAACACAGGUGGGAAAAAGCUGCCUAAGUAUGAUUCUCAAUCAGAGACAACGAUAGACAGCUGCCUCUGAUUGAGAACCACACCAGGCCAAACACACAGAAAUACAAAACAUAGAAAAUUAACAUAGAAUGCCCACCCAAAUCACACCCUGACCAAACCAAAAUAGAGACAUAAAAAUCUCUCUACGGUCAGGGCGUGACAGUGACAGACAGAACACAGCUUUUCCUACAGGGCUGAAGGUUUCCAUAGUGACAGACAGAACACAGCUCUUCCUAGAGGGCUGAAGGUUUCCAUAGUGACAGACAGAACACAGCUCUUCCUACAGGGCUGAAGGUUUCCAUAGUGACAGACAGAACACAGCUUUUCCUACAGGGCUGAAGGUUUCCAUAGUGACAGACAGAACACAGCUCUUCCUACAGACAUUUUGCAUGACAUUUCAAGACUGGCAUAUCGAGACUCUGGGAAGUUAGUAUUCAGUCUGCUAUAGCUAAACAUUGUUUUGAUUAAUUUACCCCAAACCAUGUUUACUGUGUAAAAUUUGAGAAAUUGGAGGUUCAUUCAAAUAUAUGAGUUACAGAGAGCUGUUCUAGAUGCUGGAUAUCUGAGAUAUUAUCAACCCUAUUUUUAUAUGUAUGUCGAAGUUGCUGAAUUCAAUGUUAUUUUCUCUUAUUUAAUUUUUUAGUACAGUGUCCAUGUUUUGACAUGUACACGGCAUUGCUAUGUGCUGAAGCUCACUCCCUGGGCAGAAACAUGUUUUGACAUGUACACGGCAUUGCUAUGUGCUGAAGCUCACUCCCUGGGCAGAAACAUGUUUUGACAUGUACACGGCAUUGCUAUGUGCUGAAGCUCCCUCCCUGGGCAGAAACAUGUUUUGACAUGUACACGGCAUUGCUAUGUGCUGAAGCUCCCUCCCUGGGCAGAAACAUGUUUUGACAUGUACACGGCAUUGCUAUGUGCUGAAGCUCCCUCCCUGGGCAGAAACAUGUUUUGACAUGUACACGGCAUUGCUAUGUGCUGAAGCUCCCUCCCUGGGCAGAAACAUGUUUUGACAUGUACACGGCAUUGCUAUGUGCUGAAGCUCACUCCCUGGGCAGAAACAUGUUUUGACAUGUACACGGCAUUGCUAUGUGCUGAAGCUCCCUCCCUGGGCAGAAACAUGUUUUGACAUGUACACGGCAUUGCUAUGUGCUGAAGCUCACUCCCUGGGCAGAAACAUGUUUUGACAUGUACACGGCAUUGCUAUGUGCUGAAGCUCACUCCCUGGGCAGAAACAUGUUUUGACAUGUACACGGCAUUGCUAUGUGCUGAAGCUCCCUCCCUGGGCAGAAACAUGUUUUGACAUGUACACGGCAUUGCUAUGUGCUGAAGCUCCCUCCCUGGGCAGAAACAUGUUUUGACAUGUACACGGCAUUGCUAUGUGCUGAAGCUCCCUCCCUGGGCAGAAACAUGUGAACUAAAUUGCAUUUCAGCAUGUUUUUUCUCUCUCGGUAAGAUAGCCUAUUUAGAGAACUAUCUUAUCAGAGUCAACAUCAUUGUCCAAUUUAAGCUACAUUUGGGACAAAACACAUGUUUAAGGUUUAUGACAUGGUACACCGUACUCUUUAUUAUGUAAAUGAAUACAAAUCAAAGAAUUUGAGAAAAGAAUUACAUUCCUAAAUUAUUAUAUAUCUUUUUGCUCCCAUAGUCAAGACUAAGAUGAUGACCCUAAUGAUAUAGAUUCUAUGUAUGGGAAAAUACAGUCCUUUCAUUGAUUAGAUUCUAUGUAUGGGAAAAAUUAGAGAUUAGAGAUGUCAAUAAGAUGAUGAAUGUUGCCUAGAAUAACAGUGAUGUUUAUGUUCAAACUGCUAAUUUGAGAUUAUCCAGUUUAUGUUGUUGAAUCACGUUGUGAUGAUUAUUUAACAACCUUGUCAGCAAAUAUUUGUGCUAGCUUUGUGAUUUCAUGAGAAAUGGUGAUGAACUAUGUAGAAUUCCAAUAGACAAAGGCUAGGCAGCUCAAUAAUUCAUGUGUGUAUAUGGAAUGCAUGCAAGGGAAUUGCUAUCUGCAGUAUUCCUAAUUUGACAGCAAAUUUUGGGAAUGCAGCACUAUGGUCUGUGCAUUUCUACCCUUUCAAGAUGUCACCCAUAGCUGUUCACUGACAGAGAGCUAAGAUGAGAGGAGAGAUGCACACUGACACUGUCCACACUCCACAGACUGUUCUCAUGGCUUUAUUCAUACUUACCAGAGCCGUGUAUUUAGAGAGGUUUCUGCAUUAUGAUGCAUUUACAUGACACUUCAACAUUCUAUGGCAGCCAUAUUAGUUCCCCAUUAAUGUCACAUGGGGAAUAUUUAAAUAUUGCUAUGUAACUGUAUGUCUAGAAUUAGAAUAAUAUUCAAAAUUGUAAAUGUUGGCCUAACUUUCUAAAUAUAUUGCUCUGAUACCAAGCUCCUUCACUCAAUGCUAACUCUAUAGAAUCUCUAUAGACAAUGUUUACUGCUGAGACAUUUAAGUGAUAAUGCCCGAUAAGCCGGUGUUUAGAGGAUAUAUUGGCACAGUUUGCCGGCCCUCGACUUCAUCUCGGACCUAACAACACCCGUGCCAACAUAUCCUCCAAACACCGGCUUAUCGGCUUUGAGGGCAUUAUCACUUUUAUACAACGGGUUACCAACAUAUUCAAAUAAUGAUUGACAUAUUUGCAUUAAAAAUGUUAUUUUGAUUAAUUUAUUCAUACUAUUUCAUCCUUCCACAAGAUAUAGUACCGACAGAUAUCUCGGGUUGCUACCCAAGCCGGCUAGUCGUUCGUUCUAUUGGUUCGGUUGCCAGAGACGCGACCCAGUCGUUCAGUCUUUUUGUUCUAAAUGUUCCAUUGCUAUACUGGCUGGCAACGUUCUUAUCCCUUGCUUUCUAGCUAGCCAACAACAGCUAACUUACAGUCACGUUAAACGUCAAAAGGAAUAACAACAGUAUCUGCAUUUGCAUUUGUUUAAUCUGUUUUCUAGUGACAUUUAUUUGGAUACAUUCAUAACAAUGAGCUAAUGAAGCGCGAUUUCGCCUGGCAUAGAAAAUGUGCUCUCUCAUCAGGUCACUGUUGUUCAGAGGAGCUAGCCAUCAACACAGCCAACAACACAGCUAACACAAUCACUUCAAACACUGAAGCUGUAAAGACUGCAAACUAGUUGCACUUUGUUUCGUUUGACCCUUUUCCAGUUGACAUUUCUUUGUAUAUAUCCAUAAAAAUGAUGCCAGCUGAUUCAUGACUUCGACUGGCUGAGAAACGCUGCCUGCCUGUCUCAGCAAGGUUAAAACAAAUGUCCGCUGUUGAAAACUAAAUGCUAGUCUAAAAGAGAUAAUGAGAUAGUGAGAUAAUGUCUAGAUGCUUUUUAUAGUGGAGAUCAAGUGUAUAAAUGACCUGGCUGGGCUGAUGAGACAGUGGAUUGCACAGUCAGAUGGAACAGAGUAAAUAGGCAUUUUAACAUCAUAGAUUUAGCAGAUGAUAACUUGUGGAAUGGACACUGGCUGGAAUUAGCUUUUAACCAAUCAGCAUUCAGUAUUAGACCCACCCGUUGUAUAACAUCUGAUAACCAACCGUGUCUGUGGCUCUCCUAACUUAGUGGGCUUUGGGUUUGGUUUCAGGUUUAGCUGCUUUCUCUGGCGUGAAGAAGUGUAGAAUGUAACAUGAUGCUAUCCAUGUGAUAUUGGAGAUGGUUUCUGUUGAUAUUUGAUGAUAUAUUUAGUCGUUUCGUUCAGCUUUGUAAAACGUGAGAACAUAUGUUAACGGCUGUUUAGAAACAGGUUUAUUUUUGGAGGAGUGUGGAUUCUAGCUGACGGAGCAGUGUUUCCCAAACGGUGGGUCGGGGCCCUCUGGUGGGUCGCAACCAGUUAUUCUUGGUCCCAGCUGGGCUUAGGUGGGUCACAAAGGUUUGGGAUCCACUGGCCUGUGGUAUGUAAGGUAGGAAACGUGGCCAGUUUUUGCUUUAUUUUUCUUGCCAUUGCUCAAUCAUUGUGUAAAUGUACUGCAGAGUACCUUGUGAACCAUUAUUAAAGACCUGGAAUGUA